AUGGAAUCAGUUGAUGAUCACGGUGGUGCACACACGCAUCAACUGGAAGAAGUUGUAGCCGGAACACAAGAACCUCAGGAAGAAGAAGAACAACAUGAACAAGAAUUCAUGAAUGAUAAAAAGGAGGAAGAGUCACAACAAAAACUCUCCCCAUGGGAUCGUCUUUACGAAGAGGGUUUGCGACGGGAAAUGAGGCGGUUGGAAAUGUGUGAAAAGGCAAUGGCAGAUCGUUUGACUCGUUCAUUGUUUGGACAGCAGCAAGAGCAAAUACAACAACAACAGCAACAACACCCUUCCCCCACUGAAAGGGGUAAUGUUGUAUGGACGAAUGAUUUUAAUGAACGUCAACAAAAAUGGUUAGAAGAAUGUGGAGAACGGGUGCAGCAAUUACGUGAAGCGGCGGAGUUGGCAGAAUUAAGUCGUUUACAGCCUCCUACUAUUAACGAAUCUUCCCGCAGGAUGACAAUGAAAGCAGGAUAUGAGGGACCAAUACGAGGUUGGGAGGAGCAUUUUGCGCGGUAUGUCUUGCGGUCUUCACCUAAUCGUCCGUCUAUACCUGCGCAUAUGUUUCGACCAAACAUUAAUCUUAACGCCUGCCGCUCAACAGGACCAGAUGCAGAUGUUGUGGAACGCCUCUAUUCUGAUGAUGAAAAACGUCGACAACGAUUAAAUGAACUGAUCAGUAAGUAUCGACGGGAAGAACUUAUAGAUAAUUCUACAGGAAAGCCUUACUUUAAACCUCACUCUUUAUACAGAACUGGUAAUAUAGCAAAAGAUGGACAAAAUAAUCGCAGUGCCGCUGAGGCAGCAGAGACUUUAUAUCUUAAGGCAUUAGAACAACGUGAUAAACAUAAGGCGUUACUAGAAGAGGCACAUGAGCAACAUUCUUUUUCACCUUAUAUCAAUGAACGUUCACGCAAGAUGGCAAUUAAGCGUAAAACUAAAGAAGAAAAGAAACAAAAUGUUAUAUCACCACCAGUAAUAACGCCUAAAAAAAAGUCCAAAAUAAAUAUGGGGGAUUUUCUAUUGCGUGAGGCGAAGUGUUUGGAACGACGUAGACAAAAAAUGCAGGAAGUGGGAAAAUUACUUUUAGAAAAGGAGCAGCAAGAGUGUACUUUUAACCCUCGUAUUAGUAAAAAAAGUGUAGAAAUUUUUGAAGGUUCUCAACACCGAUUUAACAGUCACUCUCCAUUACAAGAUAUUGUCCAACUUCAAAAUAUUAACCAAAUGUCACCAGCUGAAGAAGAUUUCAAUUUGUACCAAGAGGAAGUUCCCGUGUAUGAUGUUUCUUCUCCAUCUCUAUAUAAUUCCAAACCAGUAUCCAAUACAAUGACGAGUUCGACUGAUAACGAUAACGGAUCACAACUCAUUAAUGAGUUUGAACAAAAAAUGAAAGAACUACUGGAUGAAUGGCGUAGCCUUGAGCAUGUUUAA